AUGAUGAUGAUGUCUAAGGAUAACUGUAUAACGACUACUGUAGUAACAACAACUUCAACAGCAGAUGAUGCUGGCGAUAGUGAUGAGGUUUCUGCGGUUUAUAUAACUGACUGUAAAUUAGAGAACCCAUUUAUAGAGACAGGAGAUAUUAUCACAUCACGUAAAAGAUCCACUGGCAAGGGUAUAUUUAAUCGUUACAGUAACGACAGUAACGACAGCAACAAUAACAAAUAUAGUAGCAGUAGCAGUAGCAACAGCAGCAGCAGCAGAAGUAAAAAGUCAGUUAAACAUCUUGAAUUUAAAUCUAGUCAUCAUCAUCAAUUACAUCCAUGCAAAAGGGUUAAAACGGAUAGAAAUAAUUCAUCAGUAAUCAACAAGAUUAUGGGUCAAAAUUGUUACCAUUCACUUCUAUCAAUUAGUGGACUAAAAAUCAAUUCAUUGAAUAUAAAUGAUGUGUUCCCAAGAGUAACCUCUGAUACACUUUCAAAAAUAUUGAACGACAAUAUUCAUUCACCACAUUAUGAUAAUUACUUUAUUAUAGAUUCAAGAUUUCAUUACGAAUAUUCUGGUGGUCAUAUUCGCAAUUCAAUUAAUAUUAAUACAACUCAAGAUAUUCAUAAUUUGUUAAUAACAAAGGGUCAGUUUAGGUUACCAACACUAAUCAUUUUCUAUUGUGAAUACAGUAAGUAUCGUAGUCCAAAACUAGCUUCACACUUAAGGAAGUGUGAUAGAUAUUAUAAUAAAAAUAAUUAUCCAAAAUUAUUUUAUCCUGAUAUUGUAUUAUUAGAAGGUGGUUAUAAUACUUUUUAUAAAGAAUAUCCACAAUUAUGUUAUCCCAAUGGUUAUAUUCCAAUGAAUUCACCAAAAAAUAGAGAUACUUGUGGAAAUAGUAUGCAAAGUUUAAGAGAUAAUCUAAAAAAAGAAUUCGUUGCAUAA